AGUCUAAAACAGUUUGACGACGCCAGUACGCCAUUGAGAUCUGGUGAGGAACAGUCGCGAGUUUGCCGAGAGAAAAACCGCAACUAUUUUAUUCGGAUAAUAUUAUUCGAUAUCAAAAGGGGAAUGACGCAACCCAAUAACCGGAAAUCGUCAAGCGGCAGUAAACCUGCAAUUCAUUUGGAUAGCUCACCAGAACUGGGCAGGUACUUUGUGGCUAGCCGAGCGUUUAAACCAGGAGAUAUUGUGAUGAAGGAAUUCCCGCUGGCUUCGGCGCCCGGCCCCUUGUCGGAGCACGUUUGCUUCGCAUGCCACCGCCUUUUCGCCAGGGCUCACAUUUGCAGCGAUUGCCGCAGUCCGCUGUGCAGCCGCAACUGCCAAGUGUCGCCCGAACACCAGAGAGAGUGUGGCUACUUGACCAAGAUCAUCCCCGAGAUCGAAAACCGCCAGCGAAACGGUAAAAUCCAACGUGUUCCCGUCCAGCUGGGCAUGCUGAUGCUGCCACUGCGGUUGCUGAUGCUGCGCCGAGAGCAGCCGGACAAGUGGAACCAGUUGAUGGACCUGGAAUCUCACAUGGCAGCUCGUCAGGCGACGUCCAUUUGGGGUUUCAAUCAACGAAAUAUCACGCCCUUUUUGGAGACGAUGCUCAUCGAUGAAAUGCCCGAUAUCAACGACGAUUUAGUCCAGCAGAUGUGCGGCGCCGUCGACGUCAAUUCCUUCGAGAUUCGCAUUGAGACACCCGAUCGGCGACACAUCAACGAUCUUCCUCAGCAACCAAUGCCUAACUCGCAGGAAGUUUUGCGCGGAACUUUCUACAUGGCGUCACUAAUGGCUCACUCUUGCGUCGUCAACGCUCAAAUAUCCAUUGGCAAUGACUCGCAAAUGACUGUCAAGGCGACCGUACCCAUUCGUGAAGGUGAAGGGAUCUUUGUGAGUUACACGGACCCGCUGCAGACGACGCUGCAGCGCAGAACGUUCCUGGAAAAGGGAAAGCACUUUAUCUGUCGCUGUCGUCGCUGUCAAGAUCCGACCGAGUUCGGGACAUUUGCGAGCGCGGUUCGUUGCCGAUCGUGCACCUCCGGCUGGGUUCUGCCCAACGACGAUCCCCCGGCGUCCACAGCGUCAGCAGUAGAGGGCGUGGCCCUCCGCUGGAAAUGCUCCGAAUGCAGCAGCGAGUUGAAAAGCGAAGAAAUUGGUCGGACGGAAGAAGUCAUUCAGAAUAUCGUGAAGAAUAUCCAGCGCUUACCUGUUGAUCGCCAUUUGAUUGAUCGGUGCGAGGAACUUUUCGUGACACUGCCCAAGAAAAUUCAUGUCAAUCACGCCUUUCUCCUGCAACUGCGCAUCUCGUUGAUUCACUUGUACGGCAACGUACCGGGAUUUUUAAUUCCGGAACUGUCAGUCGGUCUACUGCAGCGGAAGGCUCAACUUUGUGCGGAAUUAUUAGAAGCUCUCCGUCACCUGUGCCCAGGCUACUCCCGUCUGCGAGGAAUGAUUUUGUAUGAACUUCAUGUACCACUGGUGUGUUUGGCCAACAAAAAGUAUGAAAAGGGCCGAUCGAAGCAGCCGGAUCAACUGAUUACCGAGCUCAAAGAAGCCGAAAUCUAUUUGAAGGAAGCCGUUCAGAUCCUGAUUCACGAGCCCAUAAGUACGCCAGAGUCCCGCAUCGCCAGAGCUGCCAUGGCCGAUCUCAAACAGUUGAGGGAGUACAUUCGUGAUAUGGAAAAACUCAAGCACUUGGCAUAAUAGAGAGAGACAUCUUGAAUUCAAUCAUUGACCUGUAGAUGUCAUGUAAUGAUAAACAUUAUAAUAAAAGUACCUUUGAAAUUUU